GUCUCCCUGGCUCGUUUUCGGUUUUUCGUCACAAACAUUAGAAAUGGAAAGCUUAUUCGCAAUACCGUUUUCGGUAUUAGAAAUCCCUAAUAUCAAAAUUAAAAAGCCGUCAUGGCUUCAGGCUCCAUCGGCGAUGACUACUUUCUCAUUGGUGCUACUCUCAUACUUUUUGGUGACUGGAGGUAUAAUCUAUGAUGUGAUAGUGGAACCGCCUAGCGUCGGCUCAACGACCGACGAGCACGGCCACAGCCGCCCCGUGGCCUUCAUGCCGAACAGAGUGAACGGCCAGUACAUCAUGGAAGGCCUAGCUUCCUCGUUCCUCUUCUCCAUGGGGGGCCUAGGCUUCAUCAUCCUCGACCGGACACAUAACCCGUCUACACCUAAACUGAACAGAAUCCUACUCAUCUCAGUAGCGUUCCUGUGUAUCCUGGUCUCCUUCUUCACAACCUGGAUCUUUAUGAGAAUGAAGCUCCCUGGAUACCUUCAGAAUUAGAAAUAAGAUCAACUUUUUACAAAUGAAAUCUUUUAUAUUUACUUAGUCUGUAUUCUAAGUUGAAUAAAAUACUUUUUU